GUACGCAAAACCACGGUUCCAACUUCCGAACACACUCCCUUCAUGAAUUCAUGGGUGUAUGAGUGCAUAGGUGCAGAAGGAGGUACCGGAGCCGGAGGGUUGUAAGUAAGGUAAAGGUAUGGCGUCGUCGUCGAGCAGCGGGUUGACCUUCAAGCUGCACCCGCUGGUGAUCGUGAACAUAUCAGAUCACUAUACGCGAGUGAAGUCCCAGGCACAGCCCCCUCACGGUAGCAGCAAUGGAGGCUCAUCCCCGCCUCCUCAACCGCCAAGGGUCUUCGGCUGUGUGAUUGGAAUCCAGCGAGGUCGAACGGUGGAGAUAUUUAACAGUUUCGAGCUCCUUUACGAUCCUUCCACCGAGUCCCUCGACCGAUCCUUUCUCGAGAAGAAGCAAGAGCUCUAUAAGAAGGUAUUUCCGAAUUUCUAUAUUCUUGGUUGGUAUUCGACGGGAAGUGAUGUACAGGAGUCGGAUAUGCAUAUCCACAAAGCUUUGAUGGAUAUUAAUGAGAGCCCAGUUUAUGUUAUUCUCAAUCCUGCUAUCAAUCAUUCACAAAAGGAUCUCCCUGUGACCAUCUAUGAAAGUGAGUUGCAUGUAAUAGAUGGGAUUCCUCAGCUAAUUUUUGUUCGUUCAAGCUACACUAUUGAGACUGUAGAGGCAGAAAGAAUCUCAGUUGAUCAUGUUGCGCAUCUUAAACCAUCUGAUGGAGGAUCAGCUGCAACUCAGUUGGCUGCACAUCUCACUGGCAUUCAUAGUGCCAUCAAGAUGUUGAAUAGCAGAAUUAGGGUUCUUCAUAAUUAUCUUCUCUCCAUGCAAAGAGGUGAUAUUCCCAUGGAGGACUCGUUGUUGAGGCAAGUUUCUAGCCUUUUGAGAAGAUUACCAGCAAUUGAAUCUGGGAAAUUUCAAGAUGAUUUUCAGAUGGAAUACAAUGACACUCUACUAAUCACCUAUCUGGCCAUGUUAACCAACUGUUCAAGCACCAUGAAUGAGUUGGUUGACAAAUUUAACACAGCAUAUGACAGGCAUAGUCGGAGGGGGGGCCGGACGGCUUUUAUUUGAUGGUUAUUCUCUUGCUUUGUUAAGGUGAACCCAAGCAAAUAAAGCAAGGAAUUCUGCAUAUGGAGCUACAUGUUAUUUUGUCAGCUAUACUUUUUGCGUCAGAGCAGGGUUGGAUGUACUUGGGAAAUUCAAUCAGAUUUCUUGAUGUCGAGUAAGGCGAUUACUGAAGUUGAACUCGGGAAAUUCAAUCAGAUUCCUCAUCACAUAGGUUUCGCUCCAAUGAUAGGGAGUUAUUACUCUCCACUUAAAGCUCAUUGAUAGUUUGAUAUUCCAAUUGUGACUUCAGGCUAUCACAUUCCUCCAACUACUUGGUAAUGAUUUUGAGAAGAUAGCGAGUUGUUGCACCUUUUACCUUCAUGUAUCUGAAAGAUUAAUAACUCUAAAGUUGCGCGUCACCAUCA